UUUGUCCUUGAAUACACCAAGAUCUAUUAUGUCGGACUAACGUUGCAAACUUCCACCUGAACCAGGAAACCCUCUAGCGCAAAAGCUGCCCCUGGAAAAGGGGGUGCAGGGCCUUAGGCCUGCCUUAAUAGAGAUAAGACCUCCCUGCAGGAGGGUCAUCCCCAGCCAAAGGGGAGUGGGCGGAGCGAGACUCCCUUACGGAACCGACCGUCCUUGUCCCCGCCCCCUAUUACGUCACUUCCCGCCGGGGCUCCCUCGCCAGGCAUUGUGGGUGGCCGGCCGGGGUCUCCAGGAGACGACCAUGGCUGGGGAUGCGGGAGGUCGCGGUUGCCCAGGCUCGGAGAUGCUCCUGCACCCGGAGCUGCUGUCCCAGGAGUUCCUGCUGCUCACGCUGGAGCAGAAGAAUAUAGUUGUUGAAGAGGAAAUAAAGAUCAACAAAGAUGACCUUACCGAUUUCUAUGUUCAACAUGCCAUACCAUUGCCUCAAAGGGAAUUACCAAAAAGUAGAUGGGGGAAAAUGAUGGAAAAGAAAAGAGGGCAAAAUGAAUUGAAAAAUGAGCAUAAAAGGAAUAUGAGUGUGGAAAGUUUACGGAAAAGACCCCUCAUUGUCUUUGAUGGAAAUUCAACAAGUACAAGCAUAAAAGUGAGAAAGACUGAAAAUGGAACUAAUGAUCGUCUAAAACCUCCUCCAUCAGUAGGCGUUACUAACAAUACCUUUAGGAAGUUACCACAUUCAAACACUUCCUCCCUUAUUCUGCCUUCUACCUUGCCUACAGACAUUAAAGUGGAAAGCAAUAAUGACACUAAACAGAACCAUGUGUUAAUGACUAGUAGGAGUACACUGGCCAAUGUAAAAUCACCACCAUUAUCUCCUGUUGGGGGAACUACUGUUGUGAAAUUAAAGAGAACUGCUCCAAAAGAAGAAGCAGAAUCAGUGAGUGACUGCAAGCCCACAGAAGCAAAAAGGAAGAUCCAGCAUGUUACAUGGCCGUGAAUGAGUGGGGUUCCCCAAAAUGUAAAUAUAUCUUCUAACCGUAGAUUCCAGAACAAAAAGGUCACAUUUAUUGGCCAGUUUAAGUACUAUAUUUACAGGGGUUCUGACUGCUGUGGAAUUUUCUUAAAAGGUUUAAGACAGCCUUGAAGAUAAGUUCCAAAAAUUUACCUUCCCCUUAAACAUUUUUUUCUUUUUAAUCCUUGCCUCUCAUACACUGUAGUCAAAUAGUUAAAAAUCAGUAUUUUUUGCUAAAGACCUGACUGAAUAUGUCAUUAAUCAUCUUGGCCAAAUGGCUGUUUGCAAGUUUAAUAUUAAGCUUUUUGAUUCAGCAUAGAAAUAAUUUUCACCAGACAUCUUCAGAGUAUGUGACAAUUUUCUAAAUUUUCAUUUAUCUCUCACUUUCUGUCGUAGCCAGUUGGUGGGUUUUCUCCAUGAGUGUGUGCUCAGUGGAAGAACGUUUUUCAUAUAGAUGUAUCAGCAAAUAGUAUUAAACUAAUUCCCGAGAGAUCAUCAAGUAACAUGCAUUCAUAACAUGGUUCUUAAACAUAAUCAGAAUUUACCUGUAUGCUGCUGCUUUUAUGGUUUCCUCUACUCACAGGUAACAAAGAGAAGCAGCUACUGCUACUUUCAUUGAUGGAACUGGUAAUAAUGGAAGACUGGUUGAGUUAUGAAUUUAUUGGGUAUAAUGAUGUUUAAUUUAAAAUUUACCCAUCUGUGGGAAUUUAUAUCUCAAUCUUUGAUCUAUUGUCAUGAUCUUGCACCUAAAAAUACAGAUAUCCUUCGCUGUGUUAAUUUGAGGUUAAAGAAAUUUUGAUCCUACAGAAACGAUCAGCUCAUUGUAUUUAACCUAAAGAUCUCUUAAAAUAGUAGCGGCUGUUGACAGUGUGUGCUGCUGUAGGCAACCCUUACUGUCUAGGCUGUUUAGAUACUCCUACAUAGGUAAGAAAGAGAGUUGUAUUAAUUGUAUGGAUAGAGGCAAGAGGAAAUGGUCUGUGAUGAGCAGAAGAAAAGAUUUUGGAGCUAGAAAAUUUUUACAAAGGAAAUAUGAACUGCCUGAUUGAACUAAGUAGAUAUAACAUUGCUGGUUAUAUUUUAAUGGCCUGUCAUGCAAGGGGCCAUCAUCCUAACUCCUUAAUAACCAAAAUAUAUUAAUUUAUUUAAUAUUUUGUUUCAGUGGGCAUGGAUCUCUGUUUUUACAAUGGGCCAGUGGUAAAGGAAUCACUUUACAUUAAUAUGCUUUACAUCCAACUUUUCUUAAACUCCUUGAUUACGUAAAGUACCUGUUUGGUUGACCUUCAACUUGGGGUAGGAUUUUUCCAACAUUUUAUAGAGUAGUUCCUUUACUUUUUGAUGCUGAGCUUGUUUGCUUGAGUUUAGUCCUUCUUACAAACUAUAAUUUAGCUUUGUGGAUAAAUACUUUAUUAAAUUCCAGCCCAUGAUUUUUUUUCAAAACAUCAUAUGUCUUUCAGCUCAGGCUGUAUAACCUGUACUAUGUAUAGUAAAAUAGAUAUAGCCUAGGUGUUGAUGAUUUUUGGAUACGUGGUAAUCUGCAGGGCUGGUUGAUAUGAUCUUGGAGAGCAACUACAGUCAUAAAUGUAUGUGUUCUGAGUAUUUACACAAUUGCAAAUUUGGGGUAGAUUAUAUUUUGCAUAGUCACACUUAACUUUCAUUUCCAUUUCUCUUAGUUAAGUGAAAAUUAUCCUAUUGGCAAUUCUUAGUCAAUGGAAACAUUGUAAUUGCUUUUAUUAUUCAAUAAAAUUAAUUUCUUAUUUGUGUAUUUAACAUACAGGUUAAGUUGGUAAUAACAGCUGAACUGUGUAACACCAUUGCUUCAAAUUGAAGUUUAUAUUAUGGUCAUUCAGAGUAAAUGCACAUAUGGCAGCACAUUAUUAAACUAUUUUUUUCUGUUUGAAACAUUGUGGAGAAGUCAGAAUAGAAGAGUGCCAUGCCACGUACGUAUGUAACAUGAGCAUCUUCUCGAGAUAGAUGCAUUUUCUCUUAACCCAAGAAAAACCUCUCUCCACAUAAUAAUGCAUGUUAAAGACAGGCUUGGGGAGUAAAAGUGUUGGAAGCUCAAUGUUUUAAAUUUUUGUGUAUUGUGUUUAUGUCUAUGAUGGUUUUAAAGGACUUUGGAAGAACUUGGUUUAAAAUUAGAAGAACUUCAUUCUGGAUAUUCCUUUGUUCACUAACAUUCUGUCAAGUCUAGGUAGUAGUAUCUAAUUCUACCAUCUACAGGAGCCAGAUUCUCUUAUUAUAUGGUAUUGUUGUCACUAUGUGGCUUGAUGAAAUUUUAGUGGCAUUGUGUCACUUCCUUCUUCCAAUGUGUAUAUAUACAUAUAUAUACACACACACACGCACCAUUUUCUUCAAUAUUUUUAGAAUUCCUUUUUCCUUACUCUUUUUUUUGUCAAUUUUUUCCCUUUCUCCACUGCCUAAUCUUGAGGCUUGCCAAUGGCACCCAUGGGCAUUAUUUUGGUUUAUUGAUGACUUUGAAAGCAGAAGAGAUUACUUGCUCCUGCCUUCUCUCUAAGACCUGGGUGCUGCUUUCACUUUAGAGCCACAAGGCUCCUUUUAAUUAUAGAGUACUAAAUAGCAUCACUCCGGUCUGAAAAGUAAUUUACCAUUUAAAAAUUUCAUAUUAAAAACUACAAACUUAUUAGGCACUAGGAAAAGCUGGCUCAGCUAAUAUUAUGACCAUGUUCUGUAUGCCAUUAUUGAAGCUCUUCACAAUGCACUUCUUGGAGUUAUAUUUUCCUUGACUUAAGCUGUGGAAGAGUGUCCUAAAAGUGAUCUGAAAGCUCAUGAAGUAGCAAUCACCUUUUUUUAAAGUUUACAUUAAGUAAAAAUACCAAUAGAUUGUCAUAAAUAUGUAUUAGCUUCCCUUCACUAUUGUGGAUUUUCAAUUCCAUUUAGAUGCUGUAAAAUGGUCAAAAUGUUCUUUUUUAAAAAAGUGUGCUCUUUUACUAAACACUUGUGAAGGUUUUGUACUUCAGUACAGGAAAGUUUAAUAUUGUAAUGUACAUUUUUUGUAUGUAAAGAUUCUUUUAAGUAGCCUUAUCCUUAUUUAAAUAAAAUUAAUUCAACUCUG